AUGCCCCUCUGGCAAAUCCACCACGGUUCCCAAACCCUCACCGACGAGGACAAGCAAACCCUCGCGAAACAAAUCACCCAGGUCUACGUGAAAUAUGGCCUGCCCGCUUUCUACGUGCAAGUCGAAUAUCAGGAAAUGUCGCCGACGACCUCGUUCACCGGCGGCGAACAUAACCCCAAAUUCGUGGGGUUGACCAUCUACCAUCUUGCUCGUGAAAUGUCGUCAGACGCCCAGGUGAAGCGGUUUUUGGGUGAUAUUGAUGCCGUCUUGACGCCCUUGUUCGAGCCGAAGGGACUUGAUUGGGAGUAUUUUGUGACCGAGGCACCGAGACAUUUGUGGAAGAUUAAUGGGCUUGUGCCGCCGGCAGCAGGGUCAGAGGAGGAGAAGGAAUGGAAGAGACUGAAUAGGGCUAUCAAGUUGUGA